GAAUGUGAACUGAAGUGUUGUUGUGAUAUUCCAAUAUCAUAAGUUUUAUUAAUUGUUUCUGUCCAUAUUAUGAGUGUACAUUAAUCACGAUUUAUAUGAGAAUUUAUACAAUUGAUAGGUUGUUUGUACUUAUUUGGCUCAUUUCAUUGUAAAAUUUAUUUACUUUAUCCAAAUAGAUAACAUUGCUAUAAUUAACUGAUCAGCGAAAAAUCAUAUAUUUAUAUUUUAAUAAACCAAUCGAUUACUACUAAAAUGCCUAUGAUCAAGUUGCAGAGUUCUGAUGGUGAAGUAUUUCAGGUAGAUUUCGAAAUUGCUAAAGCCUCGGUAACUAUUAAAACUAUGGUUGAAGAUUUGGGUUUGGAAGAAGAGGAUGAAGAAAUUGUACCGUUACCCAAUGUAAAUGCUGGAAUACUUAAAAAAGUCAUUCAAUGGGCAACUUACCACAAAGACGAUCCACCGCCAGCUGAAGAUGAUGAAGGUCGGGAAAAACGAACUGACGAUAUUUCUAGUUGGGAUGCUGAUUUUUUAAAAGUUGAUCAGGGUACACUUUUUGAACUUAUCUUGGCUGCUAAUUAUUUAGAUAUUAAAGGUUUACUAGAUGUCACUUGUAAAACUGUUGCUAAUAUGAUAAAAGGAAAAACGCCAGAGGAAAUCAGAAAAACUUUUAACAUAAAAAACGACUUUACAGCUGCCGAAGAAGAUCAAGUAAGAAAAGAAAAUGAAUGGUGUGAAGAAAAGUAAUAUUUUAUUGAAUUAUCAUAUGUACAUAAAAAAUUGUAAAAGUAAUAUUUUUAAAAAUAUAAUCAUCAAAUAAAGUAAUUUAUGCUAUUAA